GGAAGGCGACACAUUUCAGCCAGCGGUGGAAUAUUAGCCGCAGUAUUCGGAAGAGUAAAUUGAAUAAAAGCGCGUGUUCUGCGUGCUUCUCGCUCAUUCGUGUGACACCUCUGGAGUUGCUACGCUCUGCCAGGCCUAUCGGCAGAUUUCUCUAGGCGGCGUGAUGGCUGACAAUUUAAUGGAUGCAGUCAGUCACGACAGCUGUAAAGUGGCUAAAUAUUCCAGAUGCCAUCGCUUCCAUAUUAUCAGGAAUUUCUUCUGAACUAGCUGCCAAUUAGUGAGUCGAUUGCAAGGAACUUCCGCAAGGUCGAAAUCAGGAACGGAUUUGAGUGCGGACCCAACCAAAAAAUGACCAGGAGUAAGGACCUCGUCGUCAGUUGGGUCAUCGUUUAGGAGUGUAAGAGGACGUGAAUUCAAGCAGCAUUCGAUCUGCGUCAAUAGUGUUUCCAUAUCAUCGUGGGCGAGUAGAGUACUAGAGUAGUGCCGAGAACCCGCACAAAAUGCUUCUGUGCGGAGUGGAUGGCUGCCUCCCACAGGCCGCCAAAGUGUGAGGCCUUGGGAGGGUUGAAGAUCCAGCGUAUGUUGUUGGCUGCACAUUCGGUGGCUAGUGCUUGGUGGUGUUGCUUGUCUUUGAUUAGGUUGUGCAGCUCGUUCGCUGCACCGAUGAAAUUUCGUCCGUUGUCCGAGUAGAUUGUGUGGCAUAGUCCUCUUCGUGCCACAAAUCUUCUCAAAGCCUGCAGGAAUUUGGCCGUAGUUAAGUCGGUAACCAGCUCUAGAUGAACAGCACGGGUAGCGAAACAGACGAACACUGCAACAAAAGCUUUUUUGGGACCGGCGCAGACGGUGGGGAACUAUUGACGCUUAAGAAGAAGCCAUCAAACAAAAGAUUGCUGAAAGAGCUGAAGGAAGCUCUUGUAAGAAAGAACAUGCUGCGUGAGCAAGUGAUACAGCUGACAACGGAGCAAAAUUUGACGGACGAACGUUCUGAAGGGUGCUCUAGCAUAACUCAACCAACCGGUAAUGUUGCAAAGGGCGAUUCACAAUUGCUGAGUUCUAUGAAUAAUUGGACUUUGGGAACUCUUAACAUUCCGGAAUGCACUCCCUCAGUAGGUGAAACGGACAUCGAUAAACGAGCAUUCGAGUACUGGAAGGACCUUCUGACUUGUUCAUUGGAAUUAAUCAGUAAUACAAAUGAACAAAUUAAGUUCAGUGUUUUUAAGGUCAAGGCAGGAGUAAAACUGCGUGAGGUAUACAUGACUACCUGCACAACACCCGGAAUGCCCGAUGAAAAAACGGCACCUCUUUCGAAUGCAAUAGCCCGACUCGAUGCCUACUUUGGAUCGAGAGUAUACAUCCUGUCUCAGCGUGGAAAGCUUAUGGUGAUGUCUCAGCAAAUCAACGAAAAAAGCAUCGAAUAUGUCCGUCGUGUGGCUUCAGCAGCCAAACUUUGCAACUAUGGACCAGACGAGGAAAUGGAAGUGGUGGUGAGAGUUAUUGUUAAAGGUGCUCGUGAUGCUGCGGUUCGAAAGCUGGCUCAUCGUAAUUUGGUAAAGAAAGGCACCAUAAAGGACCUUAUCGACCUGGUACGUGAUCAUGAAAUUGAGCAGUCGAACGAAGAUGAAUUUCAGAGAGCACAUGGGUAUAGCGGUAGACUUGUAGCAGCUGUAGCAACUCAACACUAUCCACCACAACAGAACUGGAGAAACAGGGGUGUUUUUAGAAAUCGAGGUGCCAUUCGCGGAGCUCAUCGGGGCGGUUUUUAUCAAGGUAAUUUCCAAAACCAGGCUAAAGGAAAUUGUUGGAGAUGCGGUGGAAUUUAUCAUCGACCAUCAGAUUGCUCGGCGAUGAAUAAGGAUUGUCGGGCUUGCGGUCAAAUAGGUCAUCUUGAACGCAUGUGCUCAAAUCCACUGAGACAAUUGAAACGUCCCUUCCAAAUAGAAGAGGCAACAAGUGAGAAGACAGUUGCGGCCAUUGAAGGUGUUAAAGAUGAACACGCUGUUGAUGCUAAGAAAAUACGUCGAAUAUCUUCUGAAUUUGUUGGAAGUGAGAUAAAUUUUGCUAAUGAAAAUGCGGCUUUCAUAGAAGCAAAAGUAGCUGGAAUCAAAGUCACAUUUCUCAUUGAUUCCGGUGCCCAAAUUAAUACGAUUACUAAAUUCUCCUUUGAUGAAAUACUCGCCAAUGAAAACCCCGCAUCUAAAAUCUUGGCUUUGCGUUCCUCCACUGAUAAACCUUUAAAAGUCUACGCAAUGAGCGACCAGAUCAAGGUUAUUGCUAAUUUUUCUGCGGAAUUAUUUGUGACGAAUGACAGACCAGUCAUGAUAGAAAAAUUCUAUGUUGUGGAUGAAGCAAGAUCACAAGAUUGGGUUUCAACACUGCCAUGAGAUAUUCUGUUUUAGACGUUGGGCUACAAGUACCAAUUCGCCUUCACACGGCACCCCCUCAAGAGUAUUUGAAUUUUUCGGUACAAACUAUAUCAUUACCACAGGAAUUUCCAAAAUUCAAUAUACCACCUAUAUCACUAAAGUACAAUAAAAACAUGCCUCCAGCACGAAACGUGUACACUUACGUUUCUGCAGUGUUCAAAGAGCUCACAAAACAGGAACUCAAGGACUUAUUGGCAGACGGCAUCAUAGAGAAAGUGACACCAAGUAUGGAUCGAUCAUUCUGUUCAUCAAUGCUUGUUGUUCCGAAAGGAAAGGAUGACAUUCGCAUUGUAAUAGACCUUAGAGGACCCAAUCGCUGUAUUUAUCGAACUCCGUUCAGGAUGCCGACGCUUGAGUCUAUACUUUUGGAGCUUCAUGGUGCGAAUUGGUUCUCUACAAUCGAUUUGGCCUCGGCCUUUUUCCAUAUUGAAUUAGAUGAGGACUCGCGCCACCUUACGAAUUUUUUUGGUGGAGACGCACUGUACCGAUACCGGAGACUUCCGUUCGGUCUCUCAAAUGCUCCUGAUAUAUUUCAGGAAGUUCUUCAAACGGUCGUCCUUGCCGGAUGUGAAGGAACAGCAAACUACCUGGACGACAUUUUGGUCCAUGGUAAAACGAGAGAGGAGCACGAUGCAAACUUGGCAAAUGUUAUGAAAUGUUUACAGAAUCAUAACGUCUGAAUAAAAAAAUCUAAGUGCGUGUUAGCAAAACAAUCGGUGAAGUUCAUUGGAUUUACUGUAUCGUCUCAAGGAUGGAAAAUUGAGGAGGAAAAAAUCGCAGCUAUCAAGAACUUUCGGGUUCCCGAAACACAAGCCGAAGUUAAAAGUUUUUUGGGUUUGAUUAAUUUUGUCGAAAGAUUUAUCCCUAGCAGAGCAGACAAAACCCGUAGACUUCGCGACUUAGCGAAAGCAGAAAAAUUUUAUUGGAAUAAUGAAUUAGAAAACGAGUUCAAUUUCUUGAAGAAUACUGCUUGGAGCGCAAUCAAGGCACUUGGAUAUUUUAAUAAGCAAGACAGAACAGAGUUAUUUGUAGAUGCUUCUUCAUACGGCCUAGGUGCGGUACUAAUACAGUUCGAUGCAAAUUCAAAGCCUAGGGUAAUUGCUUGUGCUUCGAAAGCUUUAACAGCCACAGAACAAAAAUACCCACAUACACAGAAGGAAGCAUUGGCUAUGGUAUGGGGAGUUGAAAGAUUUUCAAUAUAUUUAAUUAACAUUUUCUUCAAGAUAAGAACUGAUGCUGAGUCUAAUGAAUUUAUUUUCGGCGGCCUGCAUCGAAUUGGCAAGCAUGCGGUCACCAGAGCAGAAUCAUGGGCAUUGCGAUUACAACCCUACAAUUUUGUUGUUAGUAGAAUUCCGGGUGAAAUGAACGUUGCUGACGCAUUAUCAAGGUUGGUUAAGCAGUCGGAGCCAGCUAAAUCUUUCGGCGAGGAAGCCAACGUUAAACAUUUACUUUAUUUAAUCGACUCAGGGUGCAUAGAGAUAACAUGGGACGAAAUUGAACGUUUUUCGGAGAGUGAUAACGAACUGUUAGAAGUAAGACAGUCUAUUGAAACGAAUAAAUGGAAAAAAUGGUUUUUCUAGAUAUGAAUCACAAGCAGAAGAACUUCAUGUUUUCGGAGCCUUGGUGUUUAAAGGCAACAAAGUAAUAAUUCCUGCAGAUUUAAGGACAAAGGCUAUAAAAUCAGCCCAUCAGGGUCACAUGGGAGUUGGUGCUACUAAGAGAAUAUUAAGAAAUCAUUUUUGGUGGCCAGGCAUGAGCACUUCCGUCGAAGCGUAUAUUAAGCGCUGUGAAACAUGUUUGCAAUUAUCAAAAAAGAACCCUCCUUUACCAUUAUCAAGCAGAGAGCUUCCACAAGGAACAUGGGAGAUACUGCAGAUAGAUUUUUUUACGGAAAAAGGAUUUGGAUCUGGCGAAUUUCUUGUCAUCGUCGACAUCUAUUCACGCUACCUAUAUGUUAUCGAAAUGAAGUGCAUUGAUGCUAUAUCUACAAUAGAGGCGCUCAAUAAUGUGUUUGCCGUCUGGGGAUACCCAUUGAUUAUACAGAGUGACAAUGGUCCUCCUUUUCGAAGCGACAAGUUUGUUAGUACCUGGGAAAACAGAGGCAUAAAGAUUCGUAAAUCUAUACCUCAUAGCCCACAAAGUAAUGGUGCAGUGGAACGUCAAAAUGAAGGAAUCAAGAAGGUAUUGGCUGCUUCUAAACUAGAUAACACUGAUUGGAGAACAGCUCUAGAUACUUACGUACAUUGUCACAAUAUAGUCAGACCGCUUACCCGGCUUGGUGUAACACCUUUUGAGUUAUUGGUCGGUUGGAAAUUUUGGGGAACAUUCCCUUGUCUUUGGACUGAUGCAACAACUGAUUUAGAUCUCGAAGAAAUUCGAGAGAGAGAUACAGCAUCGAAACUUGAAAGCAAGCAGUAUGCUGAUCGCAGAAGAAGCGCCAAGGAUUCUGAUCUGGUUAUAGGAGAUAAAGUAGUCCUUAUUCAGCAUAAACUACAUAAAACAGAUCCUACCUUUGGUGCUGAAAAAUUCACCGUGAUAGCUAGAGAUGGAGCAAAAUUAGUAGUGCAGAGCGACCGCGGGGUUGUGUACACCAGGAAUGCAGGGGAUGCUAAAAGAGCUAUUCAAGUUUCUAAUGCGAACCUACGACGAGAUUAAUCGAAGGGAGAUAACUCUGAUUCUGGAAAGACCAGUGGAGUAGGAGGAAAAAAUCAAAACAUGUGUUCAGAUAUAAGACCUGAACGAAAUAGAAGAAUCCCAGAGAAGUUGAAAGGCAUGGUCUUGUACCAUAUAUUUGAGUAGAGAGUAGAG